GGUGAUUUGCGGCGUCUUCUUGUGUUUUUGUUGAUUGUCUCUUGAGGAGUGGCGACCAGGUGAAAAUGUCCAAAUCACGAGGUGCUAAAGGUAGAGGUAAUAAGAAAGAAAGUGCCGAAACGUGCGAGGUAUUCACAAGACCGAAGGGAGAGACGAGAGUGUGUUUCCUGGACAAGAAGCUCUUUGAGGUUAAGGAUGGGCAGCUGGACGUGAUCUCGCUGAGGAAUCCCUCCUCGCUCAAGGCAGCAAAUUACAUCAUCUCCACGGAUGGCAAGUGUAUCAGGGAAUUGCUGCAGUUCUGUCAGCCUUAUCGUUCCUGGUUCAUCGAUGAAUCCAUCCAGGCUGAUGGGAAUCUCUACAUAACAACUGAGAUUGAUCCGCUCUUCCUCAUCCUGCCCUAUCUGGUGGAUGCUUGCAGUGAGAUGGCAGCUCCUCUAGACAGUUUCCUGGUUGACGAGGAGUUCCCGCACAUUUCCCGGCUGCAGGAAAUUGUAACCGCGAAGCAAAUGACUCGAAUCUCAGACGAAAAAGGUAAUGAUUUCGUGAAGGGAUUCAAGUACAAUGAGAUCAAAACGCUCGAUUGGUUAAGCCAGAAGUGCCAAAGAGUCGCCAAAGUGCUGAAGGAGAAGAAAAUCUUUGUCGGUCAGGGAGCAGUUUCGGCUACUUUUAUCUCUCCGGACGCCAGCGGUGAGACUGAAGAUGACACUAGCUACCUCACCUACGCCUUCACCAUACUCUCUGACUAUAUAUCUGAAGACUUGAGUGCUUUGCUGAAGCAGAAGCUGGGCAUUGAGGAGAAAUCGGUGGCCAAUGUGAAGCGAAAGCCAUCGAAGACACUUCAAGAUGCGUCAGGGAAGAAGAUCAAGACGGAGAAUGAUGAGAAUCAGUAUGCCGAGUCGGAUCUGGUGCAGGAGAAGGUGCCAGAGGUGAAGUUGACGUCGAAGGAGAAGGCUCUGGCCAAGGCAGCGACCGGAACGAAGAGUAUAAUGUCGUUUUUCAAGAAAAAAUAACUAAAUGUUUUUAUUCUUUUCGCAAAACAUAAAUUUUCUUCUGAAAAUAUACACUGUUAGUAUCUCAAAUAACGAUAAAAAUUACUCGAAAAGAUAUAAUUUAAAAAAGGGGAGUCAUUUUUAAAACAAUUACUGACUAAAUUACAUAGCAUAUCAUUGCACAUUGGAUUCUUGUUAGCAAGAUUAUAAUGUCUUAAAUCUACUAUACAAGGUUUAUCCUUGAUGCACUUGUGCGAAUUGUCUGUGACUUUUCCCCCCUAAAAAAAAGAGUGUCCAAAAGAGUCAGGUAACUUCUUCUCCGGCGUCCCGUGAAGGAAAAAAAAACUAGUUAAUGCAACAAAGAAAGUUGAUCCCAUCAACCAAUAAACGAUAGAAGAGUACUUC